CCAUCAUCAUGUUCUUCUUCUUGCAGAAAUUGCUAUUAUAUUUUUUACACAUUUUACUCCCAUUGGUGGGCGUGGUCUCGAUCGUUGACGUCACGCCGGUGUCCCCCGGUGCAAGCUACGCGGCCGUUUUGGGGCGGACAGAACACACACACACACACACACACACAUUUUGAUAGCGGUUAUGCUGAAUCUGUUAGUCGAUGUGUGUUUCCUUCCCCUCAUCCUGUAAGCUCACGGGACACGGCGACAUGGCUGCGCGAGGAAGCGGAACAGAAAAUACUGACACGACUGAGGACUGCUUUGAAGAUGCCUAUGACCAAAUCCCAGUUGCCUCUAGGAUGGACCUGCCGUCAUCUAUAGAGGAGUGCACUCUGGCUCUCAACCUGCUGCUGAACAACAAGUUCACUGAAGCUCUGGAUGUCCUCAGACCCUGAUGUGUGUGUGUGAUUUACAGGUAUAAGGACAGUGUGUAUCAUGCUUUGGGAUACAGCAGUAUUCUGGUGAUGCAGGCAGGAAUGACUUUUGAGAACAAGGACAUUCAGGUUGCCAUGGCAGCCAUCAAAGAGUCUCUGCAAACCUGCCAGAAGUUCAGGAAGAGAAGGUCGAUGGUGGACUCACUCUCCAGUUUGAUCUCUAAACAGUCAUCUAAUGGCCUGAAAGCUGAGGAGAUGCAUGCAGAGAUUUGUUAUGCUGAAUGUCUGCUACAGAAAGCUGCGCUGACCUUCAUACAGGAUGAGAACAUGAUCAGCUUCAUUAAGGGUGGCAUGAAAAUCCGCACCAGCUAUCAGAUAUACAAGGAUUGCCAGGAUGUGCUAAGCGUGUCUCAGCGUGUGGACGGACACAUUGAGACCUUCACACAGUUUGAAAGUGGAGUGAAGCUGGGCAUCGGCUCAUUCAACCUGAUGUUGUCACUGCUGCCUGCACGAAUCCUCCGACUGCUAGAGUUCAUCGGCUUCUCAGGGAACAGAGACUUUGGGCUGGCCCAGCUAAGAGAAGGAGCAGCGAGUCACAGUCUAAGAUCCAUCUUGUGUGUAUUAACACUGCUGGUGUACCACACCUACGUCUGCCUCAUCCUCGGAACAGGAGAAGGGGACUUGGUGGAAGCAGAGGCUCUGUUAGAGCCAUAUGUGGACAAAUUUCCUAAAGGUUCUAUCAUCCUGUUCUACACAGCACGGAUUGCUGUACUGCGUGGACAUUUCCAGAAGGCACAGCAGAAGUUUGAGGAAUGUAUCAGUUCUCAGCAUCAGUGGCAUCAGAUUCAUCACCUGUGUUACUGGGAGCUGAUGUGGUGUCACUCGUUCCAGCAGCAGUGGAGUGAAGCGUAUCGUUACGCUGACCUACUGUGCAGAGAGAGCCGCUGGUCUAAAGCGAUCUAUGUGUAUCAGAAGGCUGCUAUUCUCAGCAUGAUGAGUGAAGAUGAGGUGAAGAACACUGGGGAGGACAUUGUUGACUUAUUCCGGCAGGUAGAGGGGCUGAAGCAGCGUUUAGCCGGAAAGUCCAUCCCCACUGAGAAGUUUGCAGUGAGGAAAGCUCGCCGAUACUCAGGAGCCAAACCCAUCACACUGGUCAUCCCUGCACUGGAAAUGAUGUACGUGUGGAAUGGGUUCACCAUUGUGGGGAAGCAACCGGAUGCCACGGAGGCGUUACUGAUCACUAUAGAGAGAGCAGAGGAACAACUGAGGAAUAAUCCCAAGCCUACAGAGUAUCACACGGAUGACGAGUGUUUGGUGCAGAUGUUGAAGGGUUUGUGUCUGAAACAUCUGGGCAGGUUAUUGCAGGCAGAGCUCUGCUACUCACAUGUCAUCGCAAGUGAGAAGAGGAUUCAUUAUGAUCAUUAUUUGAUACCCUUCACUCUCUAUGAGCUCGGUUUACUCUACAAACUACAGGGAGAGUUUGCCAAGGCAACGAGAUACAUCGAAGAUGCCAAGGUGAAUUAUAAAGAUUACUCAAUGGAGUCUCGGCUGCAUUUCCGCAUCCACGCUGCACUGAACAGCCUGAAAGGUACUCCGGGAAACUCGCCAUAGCGACGGCCACACCACACGCUGACCUUUACGAUGGGAGCAGCAUCGUUACAGUACUGUACUGAGUGAAACACUCGUCUAUAAAAACACACCAAAGUGCUUUUCCUCCUCUGGGUAUUAGCAGAGAGGAGAGGUUAGAACACACAAACACGCACACACACACAGACACACACAUACUCACACACAUGCACACAUACACAAGUACAUGCACACAUACACACACACACACAAGUACACGCACACAUACACACACACACAAGUACAAGCACACAUACGCACACACACAAGUACAAGCACACAUACGCACACACACACACACACACAAGUACACACACACAUGCAUACACAAGUACAAGCACACAUACGCACACACACAAGUAUUUGCACACACACACAUACUCACAUACGCGCACACACACAUACACACACACGUGCAUGUACAUGCACACACACAUGCACACACACCCUCACGCACACACACACACACACACGCUUGUACCUCAGCAGGUGUAAAACAAAACGUGAAAACAAGACAAACUUGAAAUGGGGUUUAGUUGUUUGUAUAAAAAUUACAUAAAGGGGAAUAAUGUAUAGAUUUUGUUUGAUUUUCCUUUUAAUCUUCUGUUAUUUUUAUUUCCCGUGAUAAUAAUAAUGCAGUUAAAAUAAUCAGUGAGCUGAAACACGCUGCAAACUCCAACAUGGCUACUUUUACAGAUGUACUGACUUCUUCUAGUUAAAGCUGCAGUAUAACUAUAAUUAUAAAAAUAAAUAUAAAAAUAAUUAUUAAUGAGGCAGUCCUGCUGUCUGAGUGGGAGGGGCUUCCUCACUCACCUGUCAAUCACAGCAGCACUAGCCAGUCAUUGGUGUCUGCUGCAGUCCCGAUGCGUUUGCACUCUCUGAUGACUUGCUCAGCUAGCAAGUGCUGGAAAUUGGCUAUGGGUGAUUUUGCGAGUCACACGGCUUUCUGACACGGAUAUUAAGUUACAUGCUGCAGCUUUAAAGUUUUUUUUUAUUUGAGUUAUUUUUAAAGUUCUAGCACGUUUUAGACAAUCAUAAAGCCUUUGUUACUGAUGCUGUGCUGAUGUCUAAUUGAGACACUUCCAUGCUGCUCCACUGCAUCUCUUCAUCACCAUGACAACUGGAAGAGCGACUCAGAUACAAUGAGAAACAGUAGGCGAGAUGCUGCAUGUUAUUAUUGAAAGUUGCAGAAUUGUGUAAUGAAGACACGCCCACAUUUUAUGAUGUAAUAGUUGUGACUCCUAAAGCGGAGGAGGUGUGCGGCGAUUCAGCUCCUUUCAGACUCAGAACAUUUACUGAAAACAUUCGAGAUGCUUUCAGGAGUGUGACGUCUUCUGUACGUGUUUUAUUCACAUCAAAUAUUUGUAUUUAUUUGUGAAAGUAUGUGGGUGUGUGUUGCCCCUCAGGGUGUAGUGUGUACUAUUUUAUCGUCUUUUUUGCUGAACCUUUUAAACGACCCUCACCAUGUCACAGCGAAUGUUGCGUUUGUGUAAAUGAUGUUGAUUUAUUCAGACUGCUGUGUGAUAAGAGAUCAGUUCUACGAUAAAUCAUCUUAUUAUCUGCAUAAAAUCCAUCCCAUAAUACUCUUUCUAACCGAACGUGAUUGUCUCAGGAGCUGAACUUAAACAUUACUAAUUCUACAGAAUUAGUCGAAAUGCUGGAGUUACAUUUCUUGGGGUUUGGUUUAGACACAAAAUCCUACAUGUGAAAGUACAGAGUUCAGAUCAGACACAGAUUUAAACAUUUUAUAAAUAAUUAUUAGAAAAUUAUAAACAUAGAUAAAUGAUAAAUUCUAAACUAAAAUAAUUUGACAUUAAAUACAUUAAGAAGAUUAGACACAACAUUUUAAGUAAUAUUUCAGAAAAUCAGACAUGAAUUAUUAAACUGGAGAAUUAGAUGUGGAACAUUUGAUGUUAACUUUAUACAUUUAGAAGAAAACACAAAGUUUUACUUCAGAAGAUCAGAUGCAAAUUUUUGUCCAUUUAAAAUGAAUAGAUUCAGAUCAUAUUUAGCUCAGAUUCCCUUUCGAUUUAGAAUUGAAGAUUAGAUCUAAAUCUCACACUGAAUACUCUCGAGAGAAAUAAAACUUUAAAAUGAGUUCCUCAAAAAAAAAAUGUGAUGAUCAGUUAAAGACAGUCAGAAAGGCUUGUGUUCCUCGUCUUGUGCUCGGGUUCGGGGUCACACGUAUAGAUUACAGCGUAUACAGUGACACUCACUCACCUCAGCCAAUCACAUGCCAGCUCUGUGUACUGAUUCAUUAAUAUUCAUGAUCUGGCCUCAAUGGCUCACUGGACACCAGCUCAAUUACAAUGGAGUUUUUCAUAACGUCAUCAUCAUCAUCAUCAUCAUCAUCAUCAGCCAUACUGAGCAGCUCUUCACCACUGUUUAUGCUUUAAACAAGUCAGAAAAUACAAGCAGCUAUUAAACACAAGUAUUCAUCAUAAAAACAACAACAACAAUAAUAAUGAGUUUAGACUGAUUAGGAUCAAAGUGUACGUUUUAGUUCUCUUUUAUACUCUCUCUCUCUCUCUGUCUCUCUCUCUCUGUCUCUCACACUUUAAGGAAUAUAUAGGUGAAUCAGGUGGAAUUGCUCCAGUUCACUACACUACACAGAUUAAAUUAAUGAUUUUUCUGUAGCGUAUUAUAAUAACUGAACACAACUUUAGUCCUAAGCUGUAACGCCUAUGUUCACACACAGAAAUAUUUGUUGCUUUACUCUGCAGCUUUUCACACAUUCAUAAAAAUAAAAAUAGAACAUUAGGGCAUUGAUAAAAUACAUCGCAGAAGCCGCUUUAGUUUCAUCCUCAAACACCAGCACAUGAACUUUUAGGAGCUCUGCUAUGUCACCGCUGUGUGUGUGUGUGUGUGUGUGUUUGUGUGUGUGUGUGUGUUUCAGCUGGGACACAGGUUCUUGGUGUUCACUCAGUCAGAGGAUUUUUCCCAAGCCCAUACUACAAUACUAAAUAGUGCACAAGUGCUUAGUUACAGGAUUUACAGGAUUUGCGCUGUGUUCUAAUCUACACUCUGCUGCACUAAAUAUUCUGCUGGUUGUGUUUGUUAAGGCUGUAUCCCAAAACAUAUACUACACUGCUAGCAAGUGUACUACAUAGUGUUAGUAGGUGCUCAUUUUUAGGAGAUGAUUAAGACAUGAACUGCAUACUAAAUAGUGUGUAUAGGCUUGAGGCUGUGUCCUGAACACACAGUAAACCAUGUGAUGAUGUUUAUAGAGCAAAGAUGCCCAAACUAGGUAACCUUUGAUUUGGCCCGCCAUACCAUCCGAGAAGAGAAGGAGAGGGAGGGGGAGUUGGGAUGCCUUCGACACGGAUCAUCAUUUCUAAUUUAACAUAACAGUUUUGUUUGUUUUAUUGUUGACCUACAACAGAGUAAACUGAAAUUAAAUGUUUAAAUAAAAAGUUGGAAAUGAAUUAGUACAUUCAAUAAUGGAGAAAUCAAGGCGGUGGCACACAGACGAGAAAUUUUAGAAAGGUUUGGCAAGAGGGGUUUUUAUUCACUGAAGUCAAAUCAAAGGCAGUAUGUCUAGUUUGCAAACAGUCUGUUGCUGUGUUAAAAGAGUGCAAUAUCUGUCGUCAUUAUGAAACAAAACAUUCUGCAGCUUUCUCGAAGUACAACGGCUAGGCGUGAAAACAGAAGGCUAACGAGCUGCUUGCCAAACUUCGACCUGAUCAGAGUGUGCCGCUAUGUUAUCAGACCAGUUAUCAGAUUUCCACUCUAAUUGUUAAAAGUAGAAGAGCAUUCACUACUGGAGAGUUUGUCAAAGAAUGUCUUGCAGUGGCUGCAGAAGCAGUGUGUCCUCAGGUACGAAUGUUCUCACAAAUCAGCCUGUCAAGAAAUACUGUUACCCAACGCAUAGAGCUUGCAUGGCCCUCGGUCAAAUUUGAUUUUUGGCCCUUCAUAGGAAAAAGUUUGGGCAUCCCUGUUAUAGAGGAAGCUAAACACUACUAAAAGUGUUAUAUGUAGAGACUCCUGUUGAAUAGGUGGUGUAGGGGGUUGAAGAGUAUUUAGUGGAGUGGUGUGUGGUUUUGGACACAGCCUGAGUUUCCCAAAAAUAACGUCUGAUCUUACGUUUCACGCUCUUCACAAUUCAGCCUGCAUCUUUAUUUUCUUAUAACAAUUUAAUUAUUAAAGCUAAAUUAUUAUUAUUAUUAUUAUUAUUAUUGCUACAAAAUCAAAGUUGUUGUAUUUCUGUGUUCUGUACAUUUUGUUCCUCUUCAUUUCAGUAAAGCACCAAAUGUUGAUGUGUGUAAAAAUGGAAUAAAAUUAUGGAAAAUA